GGUCCUAUUAUUGAUAGAACCUACGAUAAUAUUCCAAAUGUUGAUAUAUUGCUCGGUUGUAACUCUCGUGGAUUAAAUUAUAAUCCAACUGAAUUACGUGCCAUAUCCACUAGAUGCCGGAGUAAUUUAAAAAAUUACCCUACUCGUUUUCGAAAGCGUUACUCUAGAAUGGCUACUGCAAUUAAUGAUCAUUUCGAAAGAAAUCCUGUCGUUUCAUCCUGUCAGUUAUCAAAUUCUUAUCGAAUAACACCAUUAAGAAUAUCAACUUCAGACGUAUCACGUUUACAACUCGAACUUAUAAACUUGCCAACACCUAGGUCAUUAGAAGAGGCCGAGACAAUGUUGUGUAAUAGACCUCUUCUUACAGAAGAAAACCCGAUUUUACACGAAGGAGACAACCCCGUGAAUCUUCAUGCAUCUACGG